AUGCCCAACUCGACGUUCCCUGCUGUCAUCUCCUUUGGUGAUAAUAGAAAACCAAUUAUAUCUGCCAAGUACGGUGAAGAUGAUGAUGCUGAUUUUGCUAUUCGUAUGGCCAAUGCUGUAGAAGUACAAGAAAUAGACAGCAACCUGUAUAUGAGCAAAGAGCUUUGGUUACCUGCUGGUGCUCGUGGUGUCUUUGGUGGACAGAUUGUGGCUCAAGCCCUAAGAGCAGCCUUUAAUACCGUAGCGGAAGAAUUUGAUAUUCAUUCACUUCACAGUUAUUUUAUCUUGGCUGGUAAUGUGGAAGUACCUGUCAUUUACCAGGUACACCGCUUACGUGAUGGAAAAUCUUAUGCGACAAGAUAUGUUACUGCCUCCCAAAAGGGAAGAGCCAUCUUUGUUUGUAGCUUCAGUUUUGCUAAACCCGACGACAAGAGUUUCCAACUGGCACAUCAGGCAGAAAUGCCCAAGGUUCCUCCUCCUGAAUCCCUUCCUUCAGACUUGGAUCGACUGAAGAAAUUGUUGGCACAAGAAGACUCUUCGCCUAAAUACCGUGAAUAUAUACAGGCAAAAAUCGAGGAAAGUUCCCCUGUAGAUUAUCGACAAGAGUUUAUAACGAAACCUAAUGCAGAAGGACAUCGUUAUUUCAAAACAAGAGGAAAAUUAGGAGAUGAUAAGAGACUUCACGCCUGUGUCGUUGCUUAUGCUUCGGACAGCGGAUUUAUUGAUACAACAGUGGCAGCAAAUGGUGUACCUUCAAGUGGAGUUGGUAUGCUUACUAGCUUGGAUCAUUCUAUGUGGUUUCAUGCACCAGUCAGAGCAGACGAUUGGUUAUUGUAUCACAUGCAUAGUCCUAGAACGAGUAAUGGACGUGGUGUUGUGUUUGGUAGAAUUUUUACAAAGGAUGGAACACUUGCUGUUACUACUGCACAAGAAGGCCUCGUUCGACUGACCAAGCAAGAACAAGAAAAGCGUAGAAAAGCUAAAUUAUAG